AUGGCCACCAAGCGUCGCGGAGCGGCAGCGCCGGCGGCGGCGAAGCGCGGGAGGCGCGAGGCGCGCGCGGAGCUCUGCGCGGCCCUCGGGGACGCGGCGCUGCGGGAGCGCGCAGGGGCGGCCUGGGCCCGCGGGGAGCGGCUCCGGCACGAUGCGGUGGUGCUGGAGCCGGCCCCGUUCCGACACGGUGUCAUUCCCGGUUUUCUGGCGGGCUCGGCUUUCGCGGAAGCGCUGCGGGAUGAACUGCUGGGUCUCGAUUUCCGCGGGCGGCGCAACGACCUCCUCUCGCUGCGGCAGUCCGAGGAGCUGGGGGCAAGCCCGGAGCCCCACGUCGCUGGCCUGAGGCAUGCUCUUUGUGAAGAAUUCCAAGUGUGGCUUUCUGCUGUGACCCAGAUAGAGCUGGAGCCAACUAUUGACAUAUCCUGUGCUAAAUAUGAAUAUACUGAUGUGUUGCUGUGCCACGAUGAUGAGCUGGAAGGUCGGAGAAUUGCCUUCAUCCUGUACCUCGUCCCACCCUGGGAGAAAAGUGAUGGGGGAACGUUGGAUCUGUACAGCACAGAUGAACACUUUCAGCCACAGCAGAUCACCAAGUCAUUAGUGCCUUCAUGGAACACCCUGGUUUUCUUUGAAGUGUCUCCAGUCUCUUUCCACCAGGUGUCAGAGGUUCUGUCACAGAAGUGCCGUCUGUCUGUGAGCGGUUGGUUCCACGGCCCCUCUGUGGCCAGGCCUGCACGGCACAUUGAAGCCCCCUUGGCCAGGAGCCCACACAUCCCCUAUGAUCAUGAAAUAUUGUAUGAGUGGAUCAAUCAAGUUUAUUUGGACCUGGACUCCCAAGCUCAAAUCCAGGAGGAAUUUGAGGAGCGAUCAGAAAUUCUCCUGAAAGACUUUCUUAAGAAAGAGAAAUACCAACUACUAUGUGAAGCCCUGGAGAACAAAGAGAUCCAGUGGAGUAGUCGGGGGCCAGCCAAUAAAAGACUCUAUGAGGCAGCAGAGGAAGACAGCCUCCCGGACACCCUGAAGAAAUUCCUGCAGCUGCUGCGCUCUGAGGCCUUAUUUUUACUCCUUUCCAACUUCACUGGCCUAAAACUGCACUUCCUGGCUCCCUCUGAUGAGGAUGAAGAUGCUGGGGAGGGACAAGCAGCAGACACCAGUGGGCACAGCAGCCCCAAACCUGAGCAGGAAGAGGCUGAACAACCAGCUAAUGGCAAUUCCCAUCAGCCACACCAGCCUGAGAGCAGCCCUGAAGCACAGGACAGCGAGACGCAGAGCAGCUCGGGCACCCCUGUGUGUGCGGGGGAGCUGCGGCGCUGGACCCACGGGCACUACACUCUGGUCCACGACUCUCAAGCCACAGAAUUUGCUCUUGACCUGCUCUUCUUCUGUGGCUGUGAAGACUGGGAUCCUGAAUAUGGUGGCUUUACUUCCUACAUUGCUAAAGGUGAAGAUGAAGAGCUGUUGACAGUGAAUCCAGAGGACAACUGCUUGGCCUUAGUUUAUAGAGACAAAGAAACGAUGAAGUUUGUGAAAUACAUCAACCAUCGAAGCUUGGCACGCUUGAACAAGCAUCCAAACAAAACAGGAUUUUGGGACUUUUCCUUUGUCUAUUAUGAAUGAUGGUGUGGUGUGACCACUGUCACAGAGAACAGUGGUGGGUGCUGGGCAGGUUCCCACACAGACAUUCAGCCCUGACCUAAGCACAGACAAACUUUGCUCAUGCAACUCCAUCACACUGCAUAAUGUGGGGGCAGGUGGUUUUUUUAACUGCAAAAAGGGGAAUUCAGUCUUCUUCCGAGUCCAUUGUAACACACUCUCAACUGCUUUUAAUGCUCUGUGGGUGAGGUUGUCACACAGCUGUCACCUUUCCAGCCGUUCUCUCGUGGGAGCAGCACAGUGGCAUCUCUGACCCAUCAGGGUGAGAAUUACAACUGUCCAUUGCCACAGGCUGCUGACUGAUUUUAAUAAAAAAAAAAAAAAA